AUGGUUAAAAAUGGGAGUGGGAGGGGAUUUAGUGAAGAUCUGAGAAUGAAGCUGGAAAUCUGUCAAAAAGGCUUAACCAACUGGGAGAAAAAUCACAGCAGAGUUGAACAGCAAAAGACUACUCGAAUGUGGGCAAAGAUUAGUCAUCUACAAGAUAAUGGAGAUAGGGAACACAUUGAUGCUAUGAAGCAAAUGCAAGAGAAGGCUGAAAAGUCCCUGGCUGAAACUAAUAUGAAAUGGAGGCAGCGAGCAAAACAGCAUUGGCUGAGAAAGGGGGAUAGAAAUACAACAUAUUUCCACAUGCAACCAAAGAAAAAAGACAAAUGCUAUCACAUCCAUAAAUGA